AUGGAUGAGCAAGAUGUGGCGAGACAGUCCUCCCAAGCAAACAGGUCUAGGAAACCUUGGGAACGUUUACUGUGGUUGAAACAAGAGUAUCCUGACAACUACACUGACCCGAAUUUCGUGCGCUUUAUGACGACUUUCCCCCUGACACAGUACAAUUACGACUACGAGGUGAUCCGUCAAGAUUUUAUGAAUUUCUACUUCAUCAUUUUGAACAAAUGCUUUGUGUUUAUCACUUUUGGUUACGUGUACGACUACGAGUACGACCCAGUACCACUGUGUGCCGCGGUGACAUUUUUCACUGCCGCGUGGUCUAUCUACCAGAUGAGGGGUCAAGUGUUACAGAGCUUAAAACCGUGUGUGAUAAUCACAUUUACACUGCUUACAAUCUCCCCCGUGUUGAAAUCGCUGUCGAAGAGCACGUCAUCGGACUCCAUAUGGACAAUAUCGUUCUGGUUAACACUGUACUACCUGUUUACGGUCUUCAAGAGCAUGGCGGGUACCAACAGAAGCCGGAACCUGAGCACCAAUGUACUACUGAUGAACGUGACGCUGCUUUCGUCGAGACUAGCGACCACCACGCAGGUGUUCUGCUUCUUACUCCUCUGCAUCCAAAUCAACGUGAUUCUACCACGGCUGGUCAACCUGUCCAGUUUCGCAAUCUCACUCGUCUCCAACGUCGUCGUCUACAGCUACAUCAGUGUCACACUAAACAUGCCCGCUACGAUUGUCUUCGGCGUGUUUUCUCUACUGUUUAUAGGCGUGCUGCCCAGGCUGUUCUGGUACUGGGAGACCUACUACAAGUGCCCCACACCCGAGGUGCUCUCCUUCUGGGACGCGAGCGUCCCCAUCCUGGACUAG